UAAUUUACACGCCAAUUUGCAGAGAAAGAAAGAAACCGAAAAUGUCAGGAAGAGGAAAAGGAGGAAAGGGUUUGGGCAAGGGAGGAGCCAAGAGGCAUCGCAAGGUUCUCAGGGACAACAUCCAGGGCAUCACCAAGCCCGCUAUUCGCCGUUUGGCCAGACGUGGCGGCGUUAAGCGUAUCAGCGGUCUCAUCUACGAGGAGACCCGUGGCGUACUCAAGAUCUUUCUAGAGAACGUCAUCCGUGACGCCGUUACUUACACCGAGCAUGCUCGCCGGAAGACUGUUACCGCCAUGGACGUCGUCUAUGCUUUGAAGAGACAAGGCCGUACUCUUUACGGAUUCGGAGGCUAAAGGAAUCUGUCUUUCCCCGAACAAAUCAUCAAUAAUAACAACAACUCUCACAAGAAGAACAGUAACAGUUUCAGAGAUCCAAAAAUGUCAGGAAGAGGAAAAGGAGGAAAGGGUUUAGGAAAGGGAGGAGCCAAGAGGCAUCGGAAAGUUCUCAGGGACAACAUCCAGGGCAUCACCAAGCCGGCGAUCCGCCGUCUGGCCAGACGUGGCGGCGUUAAACGUAUAAGCGGUCUCAUUUACGAGGAGACCCGCGGUGUCCUCAAGAUCUUUCUAGAGAACGUUAUCCGUGACGCCGUCACUUACACUGAGCACGCUCGCCGGAAGACUGUUACCGCCAUGGACGUCGUCUAUGCGUUGAAGAGACAAGGCCGUACUCUAUACGGUUUUGGGGGCUGAUGAAUAAAUCUUUUUAGUGUUAGGUUUUGAAUAUUCGAAUGUGACAAUGUUUGGAUUGUCUUGUGACUGUAAUUAUUCUAAUUUCAAUAUGAAUGAGGUUUUUCCAAGUAUUCAAAUACCAA